AGCUGAAGGACCUGAGUAGCUCCAUGACCACCCCCGAGAUGGCCAAAGAGAUCGAGGAGCUGAGGCGAGACUGUGCGAGUUACACGGAGAGACUGGAGAGGAUUAAGUCUGCUGCCAACCACGUGACUCCGGAAGAAAAGGAGAAGGUGUGUAACGAGCAGGAGCUGUACUGCAAGGAGUGGCGGAGGAGGAAGCGAAUGCCUGAGGAGCAGCCCCUGUGUGAGCGGAGUGCCUUGCCACCACUGCGCAAGAAGCAAUUCUUCGAGGAGGUUGGGAUAGAGACGGACGAGGACCAUGGUGCCACGCUGCCAGCGGCCGUGUGA